CUGUUCUCUCGCGGUCUCGCCAUCCCAAGAAGAGGCACGCACGGGCACGAGAGGAAGGUGGGGAGAAAGAAAACCACAGCCGCUUCAGGCGGGCGCUCACCCUGCUCCUCCCUCCUCGCCUGGCCUCGCCAUGGCGGCGGCUUCCAGCAGGUGGACCCCGGCGGCCGGGCUCCUGCUGCUGCUCCUCCUCCUCGUCCCGUUCGCCGCCAUCCCGUCCCGCGCCGCCACGCCGGCGGCGUCGUCCACCGCCAUCUUCCAGCUCCAGGGCAACGUCUAUCCCACCGGCCACUACUAUGUCACGAUGAACAUUGGGAACCCGGCGAAGCCCUACUUCCUGGACGUGGACACUGGCAGUGAUCUCACCUGGCUGCAGUGCGACGCACCCUGUCGGAGUUGCAACAAGGUGCCACAUCCCUUAUAUCGACCAACGGCAAACAGCCUUGUGCCAUGUGCAAAUGCACUCUGCACUGCACUUCACAGUGGACAUGGCUCUAAUAACAAAUGUCCUUCACCGAAACAAUGUGACUAUCAGAUAAAGUACACUGAUAGUGCAUCUUCUCAAGGUGUGCUGAUCAACGACAACUUCUCACUGCCCAUGAGAUCCUCCAACAUUCGUCCUGGCCUCACAUUUGGCUGUGGAUAUGACCAGCAAGUGGGGAAAAAUGGAGCUGUGCAGGCAGCGACUGACGGCAUGCUUGGGCUUGGGAGGGGAUCAGUUAGCCUCGUUUCACAGCUCAAGCAGCAAGGGAUCACCAAGAAUGUCCUUGGCCAUUGCCUCAGCACGAAUGGAGGGGGGUUCCUCUUCUUUGGCGAUGAUAUUGUGCCUACAUCACGUGUAACUUGGGUACCGAUGGCGAAGAUAUCUGGGAACUACUACUCACCUGGCUCAGGAACAUUGUACUUCGAUAGACGUUCACUUGGCGUGAAGCCAAUGGAGGUGGUAUUUGACAGUGGUAGCACCUAUACCUAUUUUACUGCUCAGCCAUACCAAGCUGUUGUUUCUGCGCUCAAAAGUGGUCUCAGCAAAUCACUUAAACAGGUGUCAGAUCCCAGUCUGCCUCUGUGCUGGAAAGGUCCGAAAGCAUUCAAAUCUGUGUUUGACGUCAAGAAGGAAUUCAAGUCACUGUUUCUGAGCUUUGCCAGUGCCAAGAAUGCCGUCAUGGAGAUCCCUCCUGAAAACUACCUCAUUGUUACAAAAAAUGGAAAUGUGUGCUUGGGCAUCCUUGAUGGAGCGGCUGCCAAGCUGAAUUUCAACGUAAUUGGAGACAUCACGAUGCAGGAUCAGAUGGUGAUAUAUGACAAUGAGAAGUCACAGCUGGGAUGGGCGCGUGGGGCAUGCACUAGGAGUGCCAAGUCUAUCAUGUCUUCCUUUCCCUGAACUCAGUUCUUUGUACUUCUGAUGACUUUGAGAAAAUCAAUAUAUCAAAAAACUCCUCGGGAUGCAUGAAUUUCCUAACUGAAGAGUGCCAGCUUAUGUUGAACGGAAUAAAGAUUAGUUUGGAUUACUAAAAGGCUAUAGGUUUCUUCAGAGAGAGAGAGGGAGAGAGAGAGAGAGAGAGAGAGAGAGAGAGAGAGAGAGAGAGAGAGAGAGAGAGAGAGAGAGAGAGAGAGAGAGAGUAUAGGAGUGAAGUUUAGAUAGGCAGAUAGGAAGUUACUAACAGUGGCUGUAUGCUCCUCCUGUUCAUAUAGAAGUGGAGUCCGUAAUUUGUAAGGCUCAUCUGAGUUGUUCUCCAUAUGCUAUUAAUGAUACAGGAGAGCUGCUUAUUUCGUUAUUACAAUGCUUUAAGCAUAGGGCUCCAUCUGUGUUUUUUUA